UCCCAGCACAGACUGAUCAGUGGUUCUCUCUCCUCGUCCUGUGGCGUACAGCUCUCCCUGCUUUUCAACACUGAACCAGCAUAGAGGAUUUCUAUUGGCUUAUCAGGAGUUUAUGCAGUAAUUAUUCACCUAAAGGUGUUAAGUGGACCUCUGCACUUAAUUCAGAGCAUUGUGUUUGAGUAUGGAGAUGAAUGGUCGAAUGGUACCUCCGUCAAUACCGGAGGACAUGGAAGCCCCUGACCAUGUCCAUCAUGAGCAGAUGAACGGUUACCACCAGAGGCUUCAGGACGGGGGGGAGGAUGAGGUCCCGGUGUCCAACUCCCAGAGACGGAAGAGCGAUGUCAAAGUUUAUAAAGAGUUUUGUGAUUUUUACGCUCGCUUCAAUAUGGCCAAUGCUCUGGCCAAUGCCAUGUGUGAGCGCUGCAAGAGUGGCUUUGCUCCAGCAGAGAAGAUUGUGAACAGUAACGGGGAACUGUAUCAUGAGCAGUGCUUUGUGUGCGCACAGUGUUUCCAACAGUUCCCAGAGGGGCUCUUCUAUGAGUUUGAGGGCAGGAAAUACUGUGAACAUGACUUCCAGAUGCUGUUUGCUCCCUGCUGCCACCAGUGUGGUGAAUUCAUCAUUGGCCGUGUGAUCAAGGCCAUGAACAACAGCUGGCAUCCGGACUGUUUCUGUUGUGACAUCUGCCAGGCUGUGCUGGCUGAUGUUGGUUUUGUAAAGAAUGCUGGAAGGCACUUGUGUCGUCCGUGUCACAACAGAGAGAAAGCUCGGGGCCUUGGCAAGUACAUCUGUCAGAAGUGUCAUGCCAUUAUUGAAGAGCAACCUCUGUUGUUCAAGAAUGACCCGUAUCAUCCUGAUCACUUCAACUGCAACAACUGCGGAAAGGAGUUGACUGUAGAUGCCAGGGAGCUGAAGGGGGAGCUUUACUGUCUGCCCUGCCAUGACAAGAUGGGUGUCCCCAUCUGUGGAGCCUGUAGGAGACCCAUUGAGGGCCGUGUGGUCAAUGCCAUGGGCAAGCAGUGGCAUGUUGAGCAUUUUGUGUGUGCUAAGUGUGAGAAACCCUUCCUGGGACACCGUCACUACGAACGCAAGGGCCUGGCCUACUGCGAAACACACUACAACCAGCUGUUUGGAGAUGUCUGCUACCACUGCAACCGUGUUAUUGAAGGAGAUGUUGUGUCUGCUCUUAACAAGGCUUGGUGUGUCAACUGUUUUGCCUGUUCAACCUGCAACACCAAACUCACCCUGAAGGAUAAGUUUGUGGAGGUGGAUCUGAAACCGGUGUGUAAGCACUGCUACGAACGCAUGCCAGAUGACAUGAAACGCCGGCUCGCCAAGCGUGAGCGCGACUCCAAAGACAAGAAGAAGAAGUCACCCAUCAUACCCAUGAACAAGUUUGUGGAGUUUGACAUGAAACCAGUGUGUAAGAAGUGCUAUGAGAAAUUCCCUCUCGAGCUGAAGAAGAGGCUGAAGAAACUGUCUGAAACAGUUGCACGCAAGUAAAAGCACAGUCGAGCCACAGAAGGGAAGCAAAGCUGAGACCCUGAGGCGGCCACACGUGGAAGAAGUCUUUUUUUCCAGUCAUGACAAUCAUAAGAGAUAGAAAUUGUGUUCCCCUUAGCAUUGGUAUUACAAGGUUGGAUAUGUCGGUGUCCUUACAGUUGUAGUUUCAAAGCAGUGAGGAUCAUUUCAUGAGCUUGAAACUGACCGUGAGAUCUUUGGUUAGUUGGUCAGUAAGUUUGACUUAAAUAUAUUUGCUGCAGUAUAUAUUACUCACAUGCUUGCCUUAUUUCACUCCUAUACACACACACACAUAUAUAUAUAUAUAGAUAUAUAUAUACAUACAUAUAAACAUGAACAGAUAUAAUACUGAUAUUAAAUAGUAACAUUACUUUUAAGAGAACAUUGAAACAUGGGGAUAAUACAGUAUAUUUCCUUACAUCUGUUUUGACAGGUUAAUUGACUGUUUGCCAACUUGUCUCCUGUUUGACUUACAGUAUGUUACCGAUACUCUUGUACAGUAUUUUGUUGGAAAAAAUGCUGUCGUGCUGAAUUUGUAUAUAAUAUCUCUAUUAUUUAAUGUUUUCCACCAAUGUAUUACUUAGUGUAUUACUAACUUGUAUUUCCUGUAUUUUUUGACAUUAUACUGUACCCUCCAUGAUGCUACAGUGAUGGUCACAGCCAUUACCUGCAGUGUGAUUGGACUGCCUUGUUACAUACUAUGCAUUUCAUGUGUGAAACUAUUUGCUAGCAAAAUCUAUUUGCAAAGUGGUAUUUAUUAGGUUCAAUCUGAAAUUAUUCAGUAUAUCCACUCGAAUUUAUCCCAAAUUAAUAAUAUUUAGCUAUUUGUUUUCUCUAUUGCCAUUUAUAGUAAAUGAAUGAGGGUGAAAGCCUGUCAGAAGCACCUUUCAAAGUAAUGCAGGCCAGGAUAUAAAGUAACUAAAUAAAAAUGUAUGUAUGUGUGUGUUAACAACAUGAUAGCUUGUGCCAUGUGCAGAAACCAGAGACCGGAUGUGGAGUCAUAUGUUAGAACAAGCGUCUCUACUGUUUGUAAUCCAGAGAAAGUGAUCCUCUUAGGAAGGUGUACUGACUUCCUCAGGGCUCAGACCCUCUUAGGAAAGAAAAAAAACAACUCUUAUGAAUGGGGGGGGGGAUCCUGUUUCAUUCAAGUCGCAUUUUAUUGUAAAAAGCUUAUCUUUCACAUAGUAGUUUGAGUGCAAGACACAUUCCACUAUUUCAUGGAAAUACAAAGCUUAUGUUACUCGUUACCACAACAUUUCUUUUGUCACAUAGAAGCAAAACCUCCCAUUGCACUGUUUUGUAAAGCAUAUCUUCAGCUUCACUGAAAUAAACAGCAAUUCAUAUUA